GCACGGCACGAGCGGAGUGGCCUUCCGCGGAAGGCAAGAGUCCCGCAGUCGGAGGCGGCCGGCCGGGCGUGCGCUCGCUCCCCGCAGCCGGGGUUGGGCCUGAGCCGGGCGAGGGCUGGGGCCGGGGCCGGGCUGGGUUCAGCGGCAAGGGCAGCGGCCGGAGCUGGGCAGCCAGGCCGCAUCGGGCAGGGAACGGCGGGCGCGGGGUCUACGGGUUCCUGAGCCCCGAUGUGAGGCGGCGGCGCCCCCGGCCCGAGCGCGCACCAUGGGGGCCCCGCUCGCUGUGGCGCUGGGCGCCCUCCACUACCUGGCACUUUUCCUGCAACUCGGCGGCGCCACGCGGCCCGCCGGCCACGCGCCCUGGGACAACCACGUCUCCGGCCACGCCCUGUUCACAGAGACGCCCCACGACAUGACAGCACGGAUGGGUGAGGACGUGGAGAUGGCCUGCUCCUUCCGCGGCAGUGGCUCCCCCUCCUACUCCCUGGAGAUCCAGUGGUGGUAUGUGCGGAGCCACAGGGACUGGACCGACAAGCAGGCGUGGGCCUCAAACCAGCUAAAAGCAUCUCAGCAGGAAGAUGUGGGGAAGGACGCCACAAAAAUAAGUGUGGUCAAGGUGGUGGGCAGCAACAUUUCCCACAAGCUGCGCCUGUCGCGGGUGAAGCCCACGGACGAAGGCACCUAUGAGUGCCGUGUCAUCGACUUCAGUGACGGCAAGGCCAGGCACCACAAGGUCAAGGCCUACCUGCGGGUGCAGCCGGGAGAGAACUCCGUCCUGCACCUGCCCGAAGCCCCACCUGCCGCGCCCGCCCCACCACCUCCCAAGCUGGGCAAGGAGCUGCGGAAGCGCUCGGUGGAGGAGGAGGCCUGCGGUCUCUAGACUGGUGCCCCCGCCACCUGCCCGCCCCGCACCCCUAGGCUGUACAGAGUGCAUGAGGAGCCGCUGGACCACUGGGGACAGGACUGCCUGCGUCCAGCUGCCUCCCCAUCCCCGAGACCGCCUGUGGCCACCACGUCGGCUCGCUGCCCGCCACCCCCUUGCUCAGCAUGUAAACCCUUCCCAGCCCUUCCUUUGCAGACCCCUGAAAUGACCUGGCUCGGAGAAGGUGGCCCUGGGCGCCAAGGGGAUGGCUGUCCCGAACACUGAGGUGGGGCACCAUGCCAGGGCAGGGCUGCCCCCUUUCUGUCACCAGCUUCAGUGGAAUCCAGUGUUUGUUUUGCUUGCUUGUCCCCUAUCCUGUCCCGAGCCAGGACCUCCCAGCCUUACUCUCCCUCCUUCCCAUCAUUCCCCACUUGAACCUGGGGUGUGGACAGUGACCCCUCCCCAAAAUUGGACUUGAGUCUCCUGAGUAGAGCUAGGGCCUCUCCCCUGGCGAAGACCUGGGCCACAGAGCCCCUGGGAAAGCCUUGCUCCAGGGCCGCGGCCUGUUAGCAGGGUCACUCACAGGGGUCUUGGGAGAAGGAAAUGCCCCUACUGCCUCCUUGUGGCUCCUUCGUGUUCAGCCUCCAUAUACCUAAGAAAUCGCUCCCUGUCCCAGCCUCCGGGGAGCCGGGAACCAGGAAUCUGCCCCUUCACAGGACAGGUCUGAAAGAGCCUUUCCCUCUGACCCCGUGACCCACGCAGAGGUUUGCACCAGCAGGACCCUUCAAGGGUCUUCAAGGCUCUCCCAGGAGCCCCCCUCUGCCAGCUCCCAAUGUGCCAGCCCCCUCCUUGGGGUCUGUGCCAAGCCCACCCAAGGGCCUGGGGCUAUUGGGAGCCAAGGGUCCCCCAAUACCAAUCCCCUCACAAUUCCUGAUCAGGGGAACACCCACCCACUGGUGAUUUGUAAAUAUUUCUCUGGGCCUAACACCCCCUGGAAACUGGCUCAAACUUCUGGCCUCCCCUCAGCAAUGGAAUGGGCAGAUGGGAGAGGCCAGUGGCUUUGCUCAGGGGUGUGUGGGUAACCUUGUACACAUGAUCCAAUCCGUGACUACCAGCCAACCUGAAUAAAGCGGUUUAGAAAACCUUU